CUGUUGUGUUGUGUGAACGCUGUGUGUAUAUGCGUCGUUCUAUGUAUACGUUUUUGUACAAGCCACGUGUUUCCGUUUUAUAAGCGAAUUUAAUACACAUAUGUACCAUCACAUUGCACCCCGUUUGCUGGCAAAUUAUUAAAAUGAAAUUAUUUUAUUAAAACCCACUACAACUCGUGUUUAAAAAUUCUUCCGAAAGACUUAAAUUUACAAGUUGACUUGAAGUUGCUGAAUUGUGAUUUAGAAAAAAAAUUCAUUUGAAUUGAAUUUUGUUCUAUGACACGCAUAUGUGCAUAUACGAAUGUGUAGCUAAUAAAAGCUAUAGCAAAUCAUCAACAAUAACAUCAGCAGCAGCAGUAAAGAGAUUGUCAACAGAAGGCACAGCUGGAAGAAAUCAUCAACACCAACAAGAUAAGGAGCAGCACCAUUUAUGUUCUCAGCUCACGGUGGACGCUGUAGACGUGACGGAAAUUUCGACACAUGGCGACGUUGGAGUACUUCCGGAAGGAUUGGUGCUUGGUGAAGGAGGUGCACUUUCUAGCAUCUCAAUGCACUCUUAUUCUGAGAGUGCAACGGUCGGCGAAGAUUGGUGCAAUGGUGGGCAAAUAGUGAAUAUUGUAAAUUGUUUGUUGUACAAUAAAGUUAAUUGUACUACAAUUUGGUCAUCGUUAGCAUUUAUUUAACA